CGGGCGAAGGUGGGCGCGCUGUGAAAAGUCAAACGGCAAAACGGCAGAAAGGCAGAACGGCCCGCCUAUCGGGCAAACUUGUUUAAAGUGCCAUAAAAAAGCCUCUAAAAAGCGUAGAAAUAAAAAAAGCUGCCGUGCAGCGCAGAGCAGACGCGACUGGCGCCGGUGCCCCAAUAAUAAAUUUUCCGACGAGUGUGCAACUUCUUUCGGUUUAUUUAAAAAAAUAAAUAAAUAAAUAAGUAAUACAACUUAAAGUGCAAGUGCAGUGCUUCAGUAGCGCCCUGAAUUAAGUCUCCUUUUGGUUAGUCAAAAUGCCGUAACAUUGCCGAGGAACCCGACAGUCAUACGCAUCCAGAGUAAAUCAUACUGAAGGUGGUUUUGUAAAGGAUUCCAGACAUGAAUUGGGCUAUCUAUCUUUUGUUGGCCCUGAUCUCGCUGGGCAGAGCAACACCUGUUCCCAAUCGCCAGUAUAGCUGUAUGAGCUACCAGGAGGACGACAACUCAUUUCACGAAGAUGAUGGCGAUCAGGACUCUAGUGGUGAGCUGCAGGAGCAGCAGGUGGAGUCCACUCCGAUUCCGAGCGAGCCACAUAGACGCACCUGCCCCGAUGGCUACACUUUCUGUUUCACCAUCUGGAACCAGACGGCCAAUGGAGCGCGGGUUGUUAAGCAGGGUUGCUGGAAAGACAACACGGAUCGCACUUCCAUUUGCAGCCAGUCGGAAUGCACCAGCUCGGCUCCCACCUCCAAGACCAGUUCUUUGUACUACUGUUGCUGCUCGGGAGGAUUGUGCAAUGCCCAGUAUGCAGUGGUCGAACCAGCACCUCUGGAACUGGGCUCCAAUGAGGGCCGGACUUCGAUCACAAAUCGGGCGACAGAAAAACAGCACCAGUCCUUUUUGGCCAGUACAAUGCUGGGCCUUGCCGGUGGACUCACAGCCCUCACCAUCGGCAUCUUCCUGGCUGUUCAAUACUGCCGCACGGCCAAGGAGAAACCGGAACCCGAGGAGUCUCCUCUGGCGCCAUCGGGCCCUGGCUACAGUUCCAAUCUCAGGAAUGUGGACAACAUGAAUUUGAUCGGCAUGCUGGGCAGCGGCAAGUAUGGAACUGUGAUGAAGGGACUGCUCCACGACCAGGAGGUGGCGGUUAAGAUAUAUCCCGAAGAGCAUCAUCAGUACUAUGUGAACGAGAGGAACAUCUACGCCUUGCCUUUGAUGGAGUGUCCUGCGCUGUUGAGCUACUUCGGCUACGAUGAACGCUGCACCAUGGACGGUCGAAUGGAGUAUCAGCUGGUACUAUCUCUGGCUCCCCUCGGAUGCCUCCAGGAUUGGUUGAUAGCCAAUACCCUGACCUUCAGCGAAUGCUGUGGAAUGCUUCAGUCCAUCACGCGUGGAAUCUCGCACCUGCACACGGAACUCCGACUGGGGGAUCAGCAUAAGCCCUGUGUGGCUCAUCGGGAUAUCAACACCAGGAAUGUGUUGGUCCAAGCUGAUCUCAGCUGUUGCAUUGCGGAUUUCGGUUUCGCCCUCAAGGUGUUUGGCUCCAAGUACGAGUACAAGGGCGAGGUGGCCAUGGCGGAAACGAAGAGCAUCAAUGAGGUGGGCACCCUUCGCUACAUGGCCCCGGAAUUACUGGAAGGAGCUGUAAAUCUGCGGGACUGCGAAACAUCGCUGAAGCAAAUGGAUGUCUAUGCCCUGGGCCUGGUGCUGUGGGAAGUGGCUACCCGCUGCUCGGAUUUCUAUGCCCCUGGUCAAGCAACACCUCCGUACAAAGCUCCCUAUGAGCAGGAGGUGGGCUCCCAUCCCAGCUUUGAUCAAAUGCAGGCGUUGGUGGUGCGGCACAAGGCGCGUCCCUUAUUUCCCACCGGCUGGGGUGGAGGAGCAGCGGCCAAAGUGGUGCGGGAUACUUGCGAGGACUGUUGGGAUCAUGAUGCGGAUGCUAGGCUGACCUCCUUGUGUGCCGAGGAGCGCAUGCAGGAGAUGUCGACAUUAAGGCCACGAGCACAGGCUCAACCUUCCAGUCCACUGCUGAAUACCAACAAUCUGGUGGCCAGCCCAAAUGCGGAACAGGGAAUAAAUAUCAUAGCCACAACGACAACGGCGGCUGCAGUCCAUCACCAGAUGAGCUCCGACACCACGGGACUUAUACAGCCACCUCCCAAUCAGCAGAUACCUCUAGCUGCCUUGGAACGGGAGAAGAAUCAUCUGAGCUACCCGCAACAGCAAUUGCAACCUUAUCAGGGCAGGAAUCCCUGCCAGGAGCGCAAUCUGGCACCUCUGACAAUGCGAACUCCGCCGGUUCUUGUGGAGCGGAGCAAGAAGCACAGUUUCCAGACGCAGCCUCAGGAGAACUCACUUUCUUGCUUGGAGCAUGAUGUGAGUGUGGAGGAGCUGAUAGCCAGCCAUCAUCACCAGCAGCAAAAGAACACGAUUGUCAGCACAGGUGGAAAUGGCAAUUCCUGCUUGGGUCAGGGAUUUCCCAAGCAGCAGAACACGGAUCAAAAACUCCGGGGAUGGCAUGGAGUAAGAGCCCUGAUCCACAAGAAACUUUUCCGCAAGGAGCACGCCGAGGAGCUGUGUCGCCAGUUGCAGUUGGGAGAGGAGAAGUCCAAUCUGGUGACGGCUCUUCGACGACCGAACAACCUGGAUCUUAGUCCUCGCCUCGAUAAACCUCCGCCGGUUCCGUUGAGGAGUGCAGAGCAACGGACGGGAACUCCGGCUCACAUUGUACCCCGCUCGCUGUCCAGCAGCCUGAUCAAGCACAUCAACGGGAGCACCAACAAUAACUCCAUCCAGAGUCAUGGUAGCGAACUGCAGACCCUCACCCGUCCGGCUUCGAAGCGAAGACCAGGUCACCUGCGCACCAACUCCCUGAUGGCCACCACGGGUCAGGGGCCGCCGACGGAGCAGCAAAUGCGUCGUCAGCACAGUCUGGAGGUGUUCCGUGAGGUAUUCAGCGGACGGGGGAGCAGCGAGCGGUUGAGGGAUCCCAGCGAGCGGGUCAAGACCCCGGGAGAUGUGCCACCAUCCGUACGGAAAGCCAGGGCCAGCAAGACACUGAGCUUGUACGACGAUCGGAUGAUGGACUCCUCCCUGCUUAACAUCCUCUAGCAUGAGGAGGUUCUGCUGCUGGAGCUAUAAACUAAUCGAAUGCAGCAGAACAUGAAUCCAAACCCAUAUCUCAUCCUUCAUCGAACACAUAUUCAACGAUAGCCAUAGAGCAGAAGACUUGAAUCGCUUCCUGGAAAAGUCUUCUCACAAAUCAGAAGGAUUAAGGAGUGUUUUGUUUUCUAAUCAAAGUUCUCUUCGAUUUCAAAUCAAAAAUGCAUUAUUAUUUAUCAGGAAACAUAGAUAGUGUCACAGAAAUCACACAUCAUCAUUUCCUAACUCGCCUGGAUUGACGAUUUGAAAUCGAAAGAACUCUGAGAAACUGAAAACACAUAACAGGUCCUAGAUACAAUUAUUUUUCGAACAUAGUAGAAAGACAGUAUGUGUAUAUCUGAAUGUAUUUUUUCACCAAUCAUCCUAGCGUGUAGUGCGGCAAACAACCAAAGUCCUUAUAGGUUAGAUCAGACUAGUAUCGUACGAGUAUCAGUAUAUAGCAGUAUAUAGCCUCACACACAUAUAUUUUUGACUUGAUCUUGGACAAGAGCGAAACAGGUAGUAGUCUAUAUAAUUUGUACAUGUGCGGUUUUCACUCGAGUCGAGCUUAAGGCAGGAAGGGAGUAGGAGGGAAUGAUGGGGAUUGGUCGGACCACUUUUAUAGAGCCAUAUAUAGAAACGAACUGCAUUACGAGUAUAUAUUUAACUAAACAUUGUACUGGAAUAUUUAGUCAAGCAUAAUUACACACUAAAACCCCAAAAUUGGGUUGUCAUGCCGGAACCAUGUAUACAAAAAGAAAGCACAAAAUACUCGAAGAAAAUAUCUGGUUAACAAAAUAAGCAAUCUUCUGUGGAAUGACAACCCACAUGCCCGCUGUUCGAGUAUUUGGCAACCCUAUCUAGUAUACCCCUUUGGAUGAAUUUUCGGUGAAUGCCUUUUUGUCGUUCUCUUUAGUACUUAGACCAAAACACCCACAGCCUUUCAAUCACAUUAAAUGCAAGUCUAGUUAUAUAUAAUUUACACUAACUAUAAUUAUGAGCUAAUUUAAAAUAAUUAAUAAACGAAUUAUUUAAACGUGACGCAA